CACAAGCCCUCAAUGCAGGACCAUAUAUAGUUGGAAAAUGCUAUUAUUGCUUUCCUUUUCAUAUAAUUGUCACUUGCUAUUAUUACUCUUGCUGUGCAUAGAGAACUGUGCUAUAGCUUUUAGCUGAAUGACUUCUUAGAUCUUGUGACCUCUGCUACUCUCCCACUUUCUUCCUUGGCAUUGCUAUAAAACAAUUGCUAGAAACAGCUCACUCUCUGGAAGUUUUCUUCUGUGCUCUCUCAAUUCCCCUGUUUGUUUCAAUUCCAUUUGGACUUUCCUCUCUAAAUACCAAAUGGGUUUUUGAGAAAAUGAGUGAUUCAUUCAUUUGGAUUUUACUCAUAAUCAUCAGCUCUAAAUAUUAGUUGUUUUGUGUCCUCUGCUUCUCACAGUGUCUUUUACAUUUUUAGGUCUCUGUUCUGUGUCUUAUUUUCUUCUGUGUUUUUUCAGUUUCACUGUUUGAUUCAAUUCCGUUGGACUUUCCUUUCUAAAUACUAACUUAGUUUUUUGAGAAGAUGAGUGAUUCAUUUGGGCUUUACUCAUAAUCAUCAGCUCGAGUCCUCUGUUUCUCACACUCUCUCUUUUACAUUUUUGGGACUGUGUUCUCUAAGAAAUCUGAGACCCAUAUGAAUCAAUCAAAAGGAAGUUAACUUUUCUACUAGCCAAGCUUCACCAUUUUGGAUUUUCCCCUAUUUUGUUCAGUUUUUAACUCUGUUCUAAUCACUUCCCUUCUUGGGUUUGGUUUGUUUUUGGCUUAAAUCACUAUGAUGAGCUUGAAAAACACAAGUCAUUCUGUUUUUGUUCUCAUCAUCAUCAUUAUCUUCUUUUCUUUGGGUGUUUGGUGUGAUGGAGAAGAUGACCUUGUAGUGGCAACUAUGGAGGAAACAGAGAAAGAUGCUCUGUACUCAACUAUUCAGGGGUUUGUUGGUAAUUGGUGGAAUGGUUCAGAUCUCUAUCCAGAUCCUUGUGGUUGGACUCCUAUACAGGGUGUCUCUUGUGAUCUCUUUGAUGGCUUAUGGUAUGUCACUGGGCUAAACAUUGGCCCCGUUCAUGACAACUCUCUUGAUUGUGCCUCAAAUGUGGAAUUUAGACCUCAUUUGUUUGAGCUCAAGCAUCUGAAAACACUCUCAUUCUUCAAUUGCUUCAUGUCACCACACCACCAUCCGAUGGCGAUCCCUACUGAGAGCUGGGAGGUGUUUGCCGGGAGCUUAGAAUCACUGGAAUUCCGAUCAAACUCGGGUCUCAUUGGCCAAAUUCCUACUACUUUUGGUCACUUCAGAAAGCUGCAAUCUUUGGUGCUAAUAGAGAAUGGAUUAGGGGGUGAAUUACCAAAAAAUAUUGGCAAUUUAGUCAGUUUGAAGCGGCUAGUCCUCUCCGGAAAUUGGUUUACAGGACGAAUCCCGGAUAGUUUUGGUGGGUUGAGUGAGCUCUUGAUCUUAGACUCAAGCAGAAAUUCACUGUCUGGUAAUUUACCAGCGACAUUUGGAGGGUUGAGUUCACUCUUGAAGCUUGAUUUGAGCAACAAUCACUUGGAAGGAAAAAUCCCAACACAAAUUGGCAAUUUGAAGAAUCUAACACUACUGGACUUGAGUAACAACAUGUUUUCAGGUGGAUUGACAAAGUCAAUCCAAGAGAUGUGUUCCUUGGAAGAGUUGGUGUUAUCAAACAACCCAAUAGGUGGAGACCUAAUGAGUCUAGAGUGGCACAGCUUGCAAGGCCUCGUUGUUUUAGAUCUCUCCAAUAUGGGCUUGACAGGUGAGAUUGCAGAGUCCAUCACAGAGCUAAAGAGGCUCAGGUUUUUGGACCUCAAUGACAAUAAGCUCACAGGCAAUGUCUCACCAAAGCUUGCAGCUCUGCCUAGUGUUGGUGCACUCUACCUGAAUGGCAACAAUCUGACAGGUGAACUUAAAUUCUCUGGUGGGUUUUAUGGGAAAAUGGGUAGGCGUUUUGGGGCUUGGAGCAACCCAUUUCUCUGUUACCCAAAUGGGUUGGGGUCAAAAAGUCAUGUACCCUUUGGGGUAAAACCAUGUCAGCAAGAGGUUGGAUUACAUGGGUUUGAUUUUGAUACAAAUUCAAAGCUAGGAAAUGAAGAUUUGGUUCAUAAUUCCCAAUCCAUUUCCUCUUUGGGGUUUUCAAGAUAUGCUGUUGAUGGGUUUUGGUGUAUAAUUCUGGUGGAAACAUUUGUGUUUGUUCUGGUCUUGAAUUUUCCCCUUUAAGGGUUUUACUUGGAGAGGAGAUUAGCUGCUUGGAGUUCACAAGAUUAUCUUUCAGAUGUAACAAUAGCUUUAUGUUUUGUUUUUGUUUUUGUUUUUUGGUCAUCUAACUUCAAGUUAAUGCUAUCUCUGUAAUACAAAUUGUUUAUAGUUCGUAAUCAUUUUGUUGAUUCAUGUGGA